AUGGCUAUGAAGAUCUUCGUCUGCGCUUUGCUGGCUACCGUCUCAUUGGCCGCUCGAGUUAAUGAUACGCUCGGGCCGAGAGCGGUGAAAGGUCAUCAGCUGGAGUAUGUGGCGGCAGUUUGGCGGCAUGGAGAUCGAGCGCCAACCGCGUCAUUCAAGAAUGACUUGUAUCCCGAGUCGUUUUGGGAUUAUGGAUAUGGCCAGUUGACUAAUGUAGGAAAUUUUGAGUGUGCUUUGAUAGGGAUAAUUUUUUUUCAAUGGGUAUCAAGGGUAAUUUUUGGGGAUCAAAGCUUGGUAUAAAAGCUCUUCAAACCACGUCCAAAUAUGGCAUUCUGAAAUAAAUAAAAGGAAACUGGGACGAUUGGGGAAAAGGAUGACUAGCGAAACCGAAGAGUAUUAUUUUUCUUGAAUGCCAGUGCCGAAAUUAUGAUAAUCGAGGGUGCUGAUUUCGAAAAUGACAUUCAUUUUUUGAUUCUUACUUUUUUCUUUAAAUAGUACUAUAAAGAAGUAAUUUUUUUAAUUUUUUUCAUGAAUAUUAGAUUUGGGGGUUUUCGAUGGUGCUGCUUUCAAAUCCGAAAAAAUAAUAAGAUUUUCGAAAUCAGCAAUGUCGAAACCCCCCAAAUCGAGUAUUUAUGAAAAAAAACUCAAAAAAUUAUUACUUUACAGUACUACUUAAAAAAAAGUAAGGAUCAAAAAACGAAUGUCAUUUUCGAAAUCAGCACCAUCGAAAACCCCAAAAUAGAGCAUUUAUGAAAAAAAUCAAAAAAUAACUACUUUACAGUACUACUUAAGGAAAAAAGUAAGGAUCAAAAAAAUGAACGUCAUUUUCGAAAUCGGCACCCAUUUCGACACUUGCAUCGGAAAAAAUAGUACUUUUCGCUUUCCCCAAUCAUCAUUUCCCCAAUCGUCCAACUCCGGCUUUGAUAGUGACAGUGUUUUACAAUUAGUUGGAUUCUCCUUAAUCUUAUUAUUUUUUCCAGUAUGGAAUAGAACAACACCGCGAGUUGGGCAAGUGGAUUCGCGCUCGCUACAUUGAAGCCUUCAAAUUUCUCCCAGAAACGUUCGAUGGAGACGCUAUCAAGAUCCGCUCCACCUACAUUAAUCGAACCAGGGAGAGUGCUCUCUACAACUUCAAAGGCCUUUACGGAGAGAACAUUACCUUCGACACGCUGAAUAUUGUGUCUCCGUCGGAUUCUGAUCUAGAUAUCGUUGGUGUGCCCUAUCGUCACUGCAACUACACUGAUCAAUUGGGAGCCGCGGGGCUGAACACUAGCGAGGUUGCCAAUUAUUUGAGUGAUAAUCAGGUGAGGAGGUAAAAUUAACUUUUUAAAAAUCAUAAAAUUUUUUUUCAGAAGCUACUCGAGUUCUUGGAAGAUGCGAAUAACCUUAAGCCCUCUGUUCUCCUCUAUUUAAUGGUAUUGGCGGAUUCGUUGACCACUGAGGUAAGCGUUUGCAUCAAUAAAAAAUAACUUUUGAUCUAGAAAGCUAAAGGGCUCAAUCUCUCCGCCGAAUACGAAGCCAUUUAUGAUCAAAUUUACGACUUUUAUGUCAAAGCAUUUGAAUUUAAUUAUGGAUUUGGAGUUUCCACUCAAAACGGAGUUAAUUGGCGAUUCGAGUUGGUCAAAAUGAUGUCCGGAGGAUUAUUUAACAGCUUCGUUCAUGACUUGAAAGUCAUAUCCUUUUGCAACAACGUCUUUCACAAGAUUUUCAACCCGAUCUGUUAUCAGAGAGCGUCCACUGAACUCAAGUAUCGGGUGUUUUCAGCGGUAGGCCAUCAAAAAUUCUGAGCUAAUCCAGUGGCAAAAAACGUGCCAUUUUGUAUCCAGGAAGUGUCAGAAAUGUGGCAAAAUGCUUCCAUCUCCAAGUGAAAAAACUUUGUUUUGAAGGGCGCGCCCUUUCCCUCAAAAAAGAGCAAGAAGAGAAAGGGAAGCAUUUUGCCACAUUUUUGAUACUUCCCGGAUGCAAAAUGGCGCCUUUUUUGCCACUGGGUCAGGUCCCCCACUGCAAUUUUUUCUUUGCUCUUCUGGUGUGACCACAAAGUAUAUUUCAGCACGAUGUCAACGUCCUCGGCUUCCUCAACAAUCUCAACUUCUCUUAUCUCGACUACGACCGGAAUGACGACGCUCCAUUGUGUAGCGCCAUCUUUGUGGAACUGUGGAAAGACCCGCUGACUCAAGCAGAGUACAUUAAAGUCAUUUAUCGACGAAGUGAAGAUGAGAUUUUCGAUUUGAGUGAGGAGAUUCCGGACUGCAAAUCGAUUGGAAAAGGGCUUGGUUGCAGUGUGGAUGACUUUGUUGCGAGAAGCGAGAAAUACAGGAUUCGGAACGAGAGUGAGGUGAGCUUUUGAUGGGCAGGCUUCAGAUCGAAAAUACGUACAACACAAGCUCUGUACAGCAACGUCAGGUUCAGCUACCCUCAACCCUUUGUACAUAAAAGAAAAAAUUAGUUUUAUGGAGAUCCGGUUUGUCCUAACGGCAAAGUAGACUGUUGAGGCCUUUCAAAUUAUACGUUAUAGGCCAGUGACGUUGUAUGGAGAUCUGUAGUAGAGAAAUUUUAUGGUAAAAAUGUAGCGUAACUAACAAGGGAAGUACCCGAAGCGCGACGCUCGGAUUUUCUUUAAAUUUUGCACGCACGUCGGUCAUGAACUGAAUUAUUAUAUCAAUUCCUAAAACUUUUAGCUCGCGCUUUGCAAGCGCCACCGAGAUAUUGAACCAUCUUUGCCGCCGAGAGAGUACGCUAAAAGCGGAGAGCGGUCAGAAAGGGAAACACUUUUUGGCCAUAACUUUGCACGUUUCGCACGGAAAAAAUAAAUUUUUUGUCAUAAAAGUAACCUUUACAGUAGAAAUAGGUAUGAAACUUUCAGUCUAAAAAUCUCGGCUGUUUCUACAAAGCUCGAGCUAGGAUUCUAGCAUAUAUUUUAGAAACAAUUAUUCUAAAUCUGUGCCAAGUUUCAUCAAAAUCUGAGCGUCGCACUUGGUGUACUUCCCCUGUAAGAUCUAGCAGAGUCACAUAGUGUUAAAGAAAUUAAAUGUUUUCCCAGAGGGGCUUUAAAAUCCCGCAAAUCGAAAGAUUUGUUGACAUUUUCUCUAUGCCAUUUUCUUUUUCACUCUUUGACAUUUUUAAAUCAUUAAAUAACCUUAAUUUUUCAGUAUUGCGCUCAACAGUUGACUCUGUCCAACUAG